UUCCUGGGCUGCUGGCAUUUAAAUCCAGCUGGAAGGGGCUGAUGUGCAUCGACCUUCCGCCCGCAGAGAUGUUCAGCUGGCUGGGGAGCGACGACCGGAGGAAAAAGGAUCCUGAAGUUUUCCAGACGGUGAGCGAUGGGCUGAAGAAAUUAUACAAGACCAAGCUGCUGCCCCUGGAAGAAUAUUACAAAUUCCACGAGUUUCAUUCGCCGGCCUUGGAAGAUGCCGAUUUUGAUAACAAGCCCAUGAUUCUGCUGGUGGGACAGUACUCUACUGGGAAGACCACCUUCAUCCGGUACCUUCUGGAGCAGGACUUCCCCGGCAUGAGGAUCGGACCGGAGCCCACCACAGAUUCCUUCAUCGCGGUGAUGCAGGGGGAGGUUGAAGGGGUUAUUCCAGGCAAUGCUCUAGUGGUGGACCCCAAAAAACCUUUCCGAAAGCUGAACGCCUUUGGAAAUGCCUUUCUAAACAGGUUCGUUUGUGCACAGCUUCCCAACCCGGUCCUGGAAAGCAUCAGUGUCAUUGACACCCCUGGGAUCCUGUCCGGAGAGAAACAGAGGAUAAGUCGAGGCUAUGAUUUUGCCGCAGUGUUGGAGUGGUUUGCUGAAAGAGUGGACCGCAUCAUUCUGCUUUUCGACGCCCACAAGUUGGACAUUUCCGACGAGUUCUCUGAAGUCAUCAAAGCCCUAAAGAACCACGAGGACAAAAUGCGCGUGGUCCUGAACAAGGCCGAUCAGAUCGAGACCCAGCAGCUGAUGAGGGUUUACGGCGCCCUCAUGUGGUCCUUGGGCAAAAUUGUCAACACUCCAGAGGUGAUCAGAGUCUACAUCGGCUCGUUCUGGUCGCACCCGCUCCUUAUUCCUGAAAACCGCAAGCUGUUUGAGGCAGAAGAGCAGGACCUGUUCAGGGACAUUCAGAGUCUUCCACGUAACGCAGCGCUUCGAAAACUCAACGACCUGAUCAAACGAGCGCGCUUGGCGAAGGUCCAUGCCUACAUUAUCAGUUCCUUGAAGAAGGAGAUGCCAUCAGUCUUUGGUAAAGACAAUAAGAAGAAAGAGUUGAUUGGAAGUUUGGGGGAAAUUUAUUCUCGAAUUGAACGAGAACAUCAGAUCUCUCCAGGAGACUUUCCCAACCUGAAGAAGAUGCAGGAUCUCUUGCAAUCCCAAGAUUUUAACAAAUUUCAACCUCUGAAGAGCAAGCUCCUGGAGACUGUAGAUGAGAUGCUGGCCCAUGACAUUGCCCACUUGAUGGUACUGGUUAGACAAGAAGAAACUCAGAAACCAGUCCAGAUGGUAAAAGGAGGUGCCUUUGAGGGUACCCAAAAUGGCCCCUUUGGACACGGUUAUGGGGAAGGGGCAGGUGAAGGCAUUGACGAUGCGGACUGGGUAGUAGCCAGAGAUAAGCCCAUGUACGACGAGAUCUUCUACACUCUGUCUCCCGUCAAUGGCAAAAUCACUGGUGCUAAUGCUAAGAAGGAAAUGAUGAAGUCCAAGCUGCCUAAUACUGUUCUUGGAAAGAUCUGGAAGCUUGCCGACAUAGAUAAAGAUGGUUUGCUGGACGAUGAGGAGUUUGCCUUAGCCAACCACCUAAUUAAGGUGAAAUUAGAAGGCCAUGAGCUUCCCAACGAUAUUCCCUGUCAUCUAAUUCCACCAUCCAAGCGGAAGGUCGUAGAAUAAAGCUGGGAGAACAUUGAAAGUGUUGGAAGGAAGAGAGGAGACUCAAGAGGUUUACGAGUUUCCUUUGUCGAGUUAAUGUGAAGUGAGCCUGCUUGUGGCAUUUUGAUUUAACAAAAUAUAUCCAUAUCAAGAUGCGAUUCACAAUUGAGCUUUUAUUAACCGUUAACCAGAAGCUAAUACUCAUUCCUUUGUGCUGACUAAAACGAAGACAGAAAAAAAAAAUUCCAAAUCUAAAGGGAAGAGAGACCUUUAAGACGUAACGCUUUCUCAGAUCUGUGUUUGCGUUGUAUUGUGCUUCCUUUUGUUCUUGAUGCUUUCCAGAUACCUCGCUGUAUUGUUCUCCAUGUGUUAUGCAGAUCGGGUUUGUGGGUUUUAAUUGUUUUUGUGUCCUUUUAUGUGUCUGUUUUUACUAAUUGCGAUACUUUGUCGUGAGAUCUUUUUAAAGGGGUUCUCCACUGUUGGCUCUUCAGAAGGUUGAAGUUUACCAUCAGGUCUCCAUUAGACACAGCCAACAUACAGUAGGUACCGUCAUCAAGUACGGACCUACCAGAUGGAUCCUGUUCAUUGUAGACCCUUUGUCUGUCUGUAGUUGGCAGUAGUGGAGAACUGUUUUAAUGAUAUUUUAAAACCUUGAGGGUAGAGGGCUAUUCGGCUACUAGUGCCAUGAGCCUGGUGCAUGACCUCAUGUGACUUUCCUCCAAUUUGACUACUUUUUUCCACCAUAGUGGUCAGUUUUGGGGGAACCCAAUUUUAAAUUUGACUACUCUCUUCCACCAUAGUGGUCAAUUCUGGUGGAGCCUUAUUUUCCAUUUGACUACUCUCUUCCACCAUAGUGGUCAAUUCUAUUUUCCAUUUGACUACUCUCUUCCAUUUUGGUGGAGCCCGAUUUUUUCCAUUUGAGUAGUCUCUUCCACCAUAGUGGUCAAUUUUACAGAUCCCAAUUUUCCCUUGACUUCUGAGGGACAAAAGGUGAGAUUUGUAUUGGAGAUCACUAUGGUGGAAACCUCUUGGGAUCCUUGCCCGUCAUCCGGCCCCAAUGUUGUAUGGCAGGUCCUAUUCUGUACCAGCACAUGGCAGUCAAUGUAUAGCCCUCACCUUAACCCUUUAGGGUGUAGAAUGGAUACUCUUGUAGUAUUGAUUCUCCUGUAAGGAUUGUAAUUGGAUGUUGACUCAUGAGAUGACACAACCAUAGAAAGUAGAUACACUAUGAAGUCUUACUAGGUUGAAGUAGAGGACCACGGGUUCUGCAUGUGAUGAUAGAUCGGAAUCAGAUGCAGCCAUUUUUUAAGCUAUACCAAGAUCCAUUCAAAAUUAGUAGUGACAUCCAUGAGGCACAUGGUGUCUCGCGCCUCAUGCAUUGAUACUAAAUAUGGAUUAUUGGUUGAUAUAAAAAAAUAAAAUGGUUGCCUGCAGUGAGUGUAAUGUAAGUGAUGAGAACCUAUAAAAUGCUGUGAGAUAAUUCUUGAUAUUAAACAAGAUUAUUGUUAGAAAUAGUACCAGGGGCAAGAAUACCGUAUUUUGAUCUGCUGAGUAUAUAACUUAUUUUAUAAAAUAUAAGCUUUGAACUCUG